AUGGCCCGCCUGCCCCUCUCGAGGGGCAAGUACGGCGUGGGCGUCUCGUGGGACCGCGGGCCGCACGGCAUCGAUAUAGACCUCCAGGCCGUCAUCGUGAACACGAGGGGCUCCAUCAUCGACGCCGUGUACUAUCCGGGAGGCCGGCGCACUCGCGCCGACGCCCCGAGCGAGGGGACUCGUGGAGAUGUCCUGGGGUCGAUCACCCACUCCGGGGACGAACAGACGGGCGAGAAGGAGAAGCAGGUCAAGCUCGUCAUCUUCGUCGUUGCCGCGUACAGCGGCGGGAGCUUGCGGGACGCGCCCAACCUGUCCAUGCACAUUCUGGAGGAGACUCCUGGGCUGGCCGGGGCGCUGCGUGGCACCGGGUCCGCUGCGCACUGA